GAGGUCCCCCGGCGAGGCGACGACGAGUGCGCGGUGACGCGAGCGCAAAAGGACAAAGCUUUGACACGCACCCGCUCCUACUCCCCCCCCCCCCCUCCCCGCAAAGAACACGCGCGCACAGCACGGCACGGCACACAGAGGAAAAAGGAGGGGCGGACGCAGGGAGGCGAGGAGACCCGAGGAGAGCGGAGCGGAGACGGAAGAGACCCCAGCCGCGGCGGAGAAAAGGAAGGCUCUCCUCCGGUCGCUUCGCCCGCCAAGGCAUCCCGUCCCGCCGGCCAGCCACCGGGCAUGGUGUGCUGAAUGCAUCCUUUAUGCAUGCUAUUCGGUGAAGGAAACUUGAGCUCCUCUGCUCCUCCUACACGUCCUGGAAUUUCGAGGACAAAGACUCUGUGAACACUAAAGCUUGGGAAUGAAGUUGGAAAAUUCUGUUGAAUAAACUAGCCAAAUAGUCUUUCUUUAUAUUCAUCUUCGUCAAUAACAGAAAGAUAUUUUUUACUGCCAUCUUUUCCUGCUUCGAUGGAAGUUCUUGAUAGUAAUGGUCACAGCGAAACAAGAAUACAGGAUGCUGAAAAUCCAGGGCCAGUUUCUGUUAACAGUCCAGAUAUGUCCCCGGAAAUCCAAGAAAAGUUACCUCACAAUUUGGCAGAGCGCCAAGAAGAAUUGGGGUCCCCUGCAGACCACACUAUGAGCUCGUCAUUGGAAAUGCUAUCCCACAUAGGACCAGCUCAUGAUUCAUCAAAGAAGGAGGGAGAUCAUCCUCCUUUAACAAAUAAGACUGAAGUGAAAAACAUAUCUGACAAUGGUUUUACCAGAGUAAAUACAAUGCCAACAGCUGAAGUUAAAUCUAAAAAAGGCAAAACGAAUUAUCACGAGAACAAUGCCGUCACACAAGACAAUAUAGUAAACUCAGGAAAGGGAUCUGAAGGCUCAUACAGAAGUCUUGUUGACACUACUGCACCGUUUGAGUCUGUUAAAGAAGCUGUCACCAAAUUUGGAGGAAUUGUUGAUUGGAAAGCCUACAGGGCUCAAUCAUUAGAGAGACGCAGGGUCAUGCAACUUGAACUUGAAAAGGUUCAACAGGAGAUUCCACAAUUCAAAGAAGACUGGGAAACUGCUGAGGUGGCCAAAUCAAACGUGAUGGAGGACCUAGACAGAACUAACAGACUUAUCGAGGAGCUGAAGCAUAAGCUGGAGAGGGCACAGCUUGAAGUGGACCAAGCAAAGCAAGAUUCUGAACUGGCCCUGCUCAGGGCACAAGAGGUGGAGCAGGGGAUUGAUGAUGAAGCUAGUGUAAUAGCCCAAACACAGUUGACAGUUGCCAAAGAAAGACAUGAAAAGGCUGUUGAGGAACUGAAAUUGCUGAAAGAGGAGUUGAUAUCAACGCAUGAACAAUAUGCUGUCUUAGCAACUGAAAGGGAUGUAGCAAUAAAAAGGGCUAAGGAAGUCGUUUCUGCUGCGAAGGAUACUGAGAAGCAAGUAGAGGAACUCACUUUAGAACUUAUUGCAUCCAAAGAGUCUCUUGAGUUAGCUCAUGCUUCGCACCACGAAGCUGAAGAGCAUAGACUUGGAGCAGCUUUGGCGAAAGAGCAUGAUUGCCUAGCUUGGGAGAAAGAGCUGCAGCAGGCACAAGAGGAGCUGGAACAGCUCAACAAACAAAUUAUGUCCAAAACUACUGUGGAGGCCGAAAUUGAUGAAAAUGAGCGCAAAAUGCUUAGCCUCAAAAGUGAGCUAGCUGCCUACAUGGGUAACAAAUUGAACGAAGAAGCUGGAAUGGUCCAGGAGCAAGCUUCGGACGAAGCAAAAGAAAUUAGUAGGUCAAUCAAGCAAGCUCUGGUUUCAAAAAGAAAGGAGCUUGAUGAAUACGGAGAGAAGUUAGAAAAUGCAAAAAACGAAGCCGACUUAAUAAGAGUUAUUGCAGAAUCCCUCAGAUCAGAGCUUGAUAGGGAGAAAGCUUCACUUGCUACAUUGCAGCAGAGUGAGGGCAUGGCAUCCAUCACAGUUUCUUCUCUAGAAGCUGAGCUCGAGAGAACAAAACAACGGAUAGAAAUGGUACACAAGAAAGAAGAAGAAACUCGGAAAAAAAUGGCGGAGCUUCCGAGGAUGUUGCAGCAAGCUGCCCAGGAGGCAGAUGAUGCCAAGAUGGCAGCACAUUUGGCACAAGAAGAACUGAGAAAGGCCAAGGAAGAAGCUGAACAAACCAAGGCUGCUGCGACAACUGCAGAUAUCAGGUUAUGUGCAGUUUUGAAAGAAAUAGAGGCGUCGAAAGCAUCUGAGAGGCUAGCGAUAGUGGCAGCUCAAGCAAUGCAGGAGAGUGAGGAGACAGGGAAUUUUGGUGAUUCUCCUAGAGGAGUAACACUUCCUAUAAAUGAAUAUCAUGCUCUGAGCAAGAGGGUUCAUGAAGCUGAAGAGGUUGCAAAUGAGAGGGUAGCAGCAGCUUUGACACAAAUAGAGUUGGCAAAAGAGUCUGAAUCAAGGAGCCUAGAGAAGCUAGGUGAAGCAUUGAAGGUGAUUCAUGAAAAGAAGAGUGAUCUUCAAAUUGCGUUGGACAGGGCUGAGAAGGCAAAUGAAGGGAAACUUGGCGCUGAGCAGGAGCUGAGAAGAUGGAGAGCUGAACAUGUGCAACGUCGGAAAGCCUAUGAAGCUACAAAACAUGCAGAUAGUCCUGUGAGCACUCCACCGAGGACAAAACAUGCACAUAGUCCUGUGAGCACUCCACCGAGGACAAAACAUGCACAUAGUCCUGUGAGCACUUCACCGAGGACGUUCGUCGAGCACAAGGGCUCUUACCAGGUGGAAGAUGAAAUUCUUGCAGAUCCAAAGUUGCACAAGUCAACUGGUAGUGUGGAUCAAUUUGUUUCGGAUGAGAAGAUACGGAAAAAGAAGUCGUUCUUCCCUCAGAUGUCCACACUUUUAUCUAGAAAGACACAGACACAAACAUAAUGUUUCCGAACCUUUGUAAAAUGUACAUGGUGUAAAGUUAAGUUUAUUGUCCAUACCCUGUAAAUUGUUUGGCAUUUAAAUAUUGUAUGUCUUUGUAUGAUGUUUUGGAGAGGAUGUUACUCAAAUCUUGCUUUGUUUUAUGCCCUUCCCGACCAAA